CUCAAACAUCCAUCGAUAAUGGCUGCUUCUUCUUCUCCUUCUUCUUCUUCUUCCUCGCCUUCUUCAACUCAAACUCCUCCACCUUCUUCACCGACGAUGCGAUCAAUUAAUAAUUUCGAACAUCUGAGAGACGUUCUGAUCGAUUUCGGAAGUUUAUGUAUGGGUGACCCUAAUCCAGAUGAUGCCGGUGUUCCUCCUCCUUCUGCGAAUUUCUCCGAACAGUUUCAGUGGCCACCGCCACCAUCACCGGAAUCUCCGACAACCCAAAAACUUCUGGAUUCUUCUAAAGGUGAAGGUUGGCCGGCGAAAAGCUUAAACCCCAGCGAUGACAAUGACAAUAUCUGGGCUCUCCCCCCCAAUUUCUACGACAAUGUCGGGAUCGGAAUUCCCCAAGAUACUGUUUUUGGCGUCCCUGGAAACCCUUCUUCAACCUAUUUCCGUUCAAUUCAGUCAAUCUACGGAAACCCAAACCCGUGUUAUGAUUAUUAUUAUCCUUCCAAGUUGCAAAAUUCGGGUUCUCUACCCGGUUACAAUGCUACUUCUUUUAUCGCGAAUCAGGGAUUGGAAAUUCCUGCCACAUAUUAUGCCCAAAGAAUGAUGAACUACAGUUUACCACCAGGUUUCAAUUUCCUCGAGACAGCUUUGAGUCCCACUCGUUCUGUUCAAUUGAAGAGAGCUCUGGAACAGGGGAGAUAUGUAAAAGAAACAUUGGCUCAGGUGAUUCCAUCAAUCUUGCUGUUGAUCGCUGAUCGUAAUGGGAGCCGUAUGUUCGACACGCUCCUGGAAAGAUGCGAAAGCUGUGAUCUUUAUGCAAUUAUAAUGCAAUUCAGUGUAGAGGGAAACGAUCCUUUCAAGGCAGCAUUAUCCUGCGAAACAGGUUCCAGGGCACUGCAGAGAUUAAUAAGAAAGCUGAAGAACACGGGGCUGGAAUCUGGACUUGCAUUGGUGCUGUCCCGGAUUGCUGAGGACCUCAUGAAACAUAAGAUUGCCUCCCAUGUAAUUCGUCAUUGCUUUUGUGUGUGGGGAGCUGAACAGAACAAGUUCUUAUACGAUUGUGUUCUUGACUGCUUCUUGUCAUUGGCCAUGGAUCCGAUCGGCUGCAUUAGCGUCAACGAUUGCAUCGAGCACAUUACCGGUUUGCGAAGAUCACACCUCCUGAAACUGGUUGUCAAGAACGCGAGCAGGCUGUCCCGUGAUCCGUCAGGGAACUUUGUGGUGCAGUAUGUGCUCAGCAUUCAAGAUGAGUUGCUAAAUGAGAGUAUCUGCCUUAGCCUUUCAGGGCAAUUUGUGGAGCUAGCUCAGAAGAAAGGAGGGAGUCACUUGGUGGAGAAAUGCCUGCUUUAUUCGGACUUUGGGCGAUCGCUCGUGUUGAAGGAGAUUUCCAGGAGUGAGAAAACGCUGUCAAUGCUGGCUAAACAUCAGUUUGGAAACUAUGUGAUUCAGAAGGCUUUGAAGGUCGCAAUGCUGUAUGACCAGAACAUGUAUCAAAGGCUUAUUAAAGUGAUCAAACACAGUUGCCCUAAACUUGUAGAGAAGUUUGAAGGAAAGUCUUAUCUGCAACAACAGCAGUAAAAAAAAGUGUUAGAGAUUGAAGAAUUUUGUGUACUUCCUUAGUGAUUCAGUAAAAUUCUGUUUACGGGGGAAGAGUUUAUGCAAUCUUUUAUGUUGAGUUCUUUGUGUCACUGUAAGUUCUUAAUCAAACGAUUUUGUUGUUCAUCAUUAUAUACAUAUUAGUUUCU